CGAUUUUGUUCUGGUUUGUUCGUAAAAUCUGGGUGUGUGUUUGUCUGUGUAUAGUCAAGUCAGCCCUCUUGGCAAGCUAUUCUAUUCUACAUACUAUACAACCACUUUUACACACCUAUUUUGAGGCUCGGGCCAUGUGCUAGCGCCGGCUGCCCAUUCCUCACGUUGCAUAUGUUGCAGGAGCCUUUAUUUUCUUGGCCGUGAUGACCAUGGGGGGAUCAGGUUCAUUAUUUGUCUUCCUCGUAGGGACCUUGUUUCUCUCGUCGCGAUACUACACAACCUCUACACUUGAACGGCCCAUCGCCCUCUCCGCCCUCACCCUCUUCUGGACGGCCCUCGCCCUCCUGUUCUAUAGCAGAUGGCACGGCGGCAGCGAGCGCAUCUCGACUGCCCACCACGUGCGCUCGUAUUGGCGGCACCGAUCCAUAUGGGGACUGUCGCAGACCCUGGCCAUACCGGCUUGUCUGGUUGCUAGAGCUUUUUUCUUCCGCCAGACGUUGUGGUGGUCACAAUGUACUGUUCCGGGAGCACAUACCUUCCUACUUACCCUUGUUCUUGUGGCGGAACGAUAUCUCCCCCAUCAGCAACGAGAUGAGGUAGAAGAAGAAGGCUACAUGCAGCUGGCGACAUCCAAGCUGUCGGCGAACUCUUCUAGUGCAGUUCCCCCCUCCUCCCCUUGGGCCAAGGGUGCCGAACAGACGAACCAUCAUGAGCCAGACCAACGUCCCAGUCUGCAAUACAUUGCCUGUGCCGUGGCCUGGGCCUUCCUGGCCAGCCGCAGCCUCGCCUCGGUGCAGACCUCCACCGGAGCGGUGUGCCCUGCGAAUGCAGCGUGGCUUGGUGUGAUGCCGCAGUUGGCCACCCUCGGCCUCGACGCUGUUCUUGUGCUGCUAGUUGCGAGGAGGUUACGAUGGCACCAGCAGACCAACACAGAACCAGCAGCAGCAGCAGUCGGAUCAUCCGCCCCCAUCUCCAACUCCAGCAGCAGUAGCCGGGUGAACCUGGAAGGGGACUUCCUGGUCGCAGCAGCCGUCAUGUGUCUGCUUCUUCUCCUCUCUGCGCCCAACUCAACCUCAAGCUUCAGGGAACUCGUAGCAGCCCCUUCGAUCCGUAGUCUAGCCCUGAGAGAGUUGUUGCAGGACAGCAUCGCCACCAGCCUCGUGCUCCUCACCGCCAUAAACCUCCUGGCCCACCACAUAACGGCAAGCACCCUCUGUCUCUGCAGCGGAGCCGCCGUCGUUGCAUCAUUUCAAAAUUGCUGGCUCGCACUCGAGCGCGGCGCUAUCCACCUCGCACCCCACUCUACCUUGUGGCCUCUGACCGUGGGAGCCCUGACGAUCGGGUCUGUGGCUCUGCUAGGCCGCGAGGCGACGCGUCUCGACGGCGAGGUGUUGAGGUUGUCGGCAGGAGACAGGAUGGACCACAAGAAGCGGCUGAUGGGCGCCUUUGCGGGCAUGGUCCUGUUUCUCUGGAUUGGCCUGGUGCGGCUCUCUUUGGCCUCCUCUUCUCCCGAUCUGGACGUGCACGCCCUCAUCGCGUCCGCGCGUAAGGCCUCUGACACGUGGAUUUCCGCCGCCCACCAGAGCCAGACUCUUCACGAGGCCGUGGCAGAGUAUAAGAACCGGUACGGCAUACCUCCUCCGCCUCACUUUGACAAGUGGUACGCUUUCGCGACCCAGCACAACUCUCCCGUGAUCGACGCCUUCGACCAGAUCCACUCCGACCUCCGACCCUUCUGGGGCAUGUCCCCCGGCAUCCUGCGCGCCCGGACAAGCCACCUCAUGGAACAAACACACCUGGGGAUGGGUGGACUCAGGAUACAGAACAAAACCAUCAUCCUGAGCGACCUUACGCCUGGGACCCACAGGUGGAUGAUGGAGGGCUACCGUGCCAUGAUGGAGCCCUUCGUGGCGCACCUCCCGGACAUGGACCUGGCGUUCAACCUGGACGACGAAAGCCGGGUCGUGAUGACGUUCGAGCGGUACUGGGAGCACGUGGCGGAUGGGGAGCUGGCGCGGACGAGGCUCGCUCGCUCCAGGGAUGUCGGGCGGCCUCUGCGGUCGUCAUUUAGUGCGGAGGUUUGGCCUCCUUGGUCGGAUGCGUAUCUGCACCUCACGCAGGAUGAUCAUCCGCCGUUUUCCGAGUACUUUUCGGAGCGCAGUAGGCUGCCUAUCUACGAUACCUUUGUCGUGCCGGCGUGUCCACCGUCCAGCCCAGCGAGACGGUACAGGUGGACAGACAACGCAGUCGUCUCCUCUAGCGCCCGAGGAGGUGAUCUCUUUACGUCUGGCGACAACAUCGCAGACCUAUGCAAUCGCCCCGACCUGGCCAACCUCCAUGGUUUCCUUCUCAACCCAGGCGCCUUCGCCGUAACCCAGCACGCCCUGCCCAUCUUCAGCCAGGCCCGCGCAGAGGGCGCCUUCAGCGAUAUCCUCGUCCCCAGCCCCUGGAACUUUGUCGGCAAGGUCGACCUGGACCCGUCGGCGCGGGACCCGGAGUGGGCUGACAAGGCCGAUGUGGUGUUUUGGCGCGGGUCGGCAACGGAUGGGUACGCCAGGGAGGCGACUUGGCCUGGUUAUCUGCGUGCACGGUUUGUUAGCAUGGCACGGUCCUUAUCUUCAUCGUCGCGGCCAAGCACAGCAGCAACAACAACAACAGCCAACGUCUCCUUCGUAGGCGCCUUUUCCCGCUGUGACGUGGCAGACUGCCUCGCCGAGACAGCUACCUUCUACGGCGCCUCUACCGCCGAGCCUACCAGUGGGAGCAUAGAUUUCCAGGACCACUGGGCUUACCGCCACCUCAUCGACCUCGACGGCGCCGGAUUCUCGGGUCGUUUUCUGCCAUUCUUGCGUAGUAAGAGUCUGGUGUACAAGGCGAGUCUGUUUCGGACCUGGGCAGACGAGAGACUGCAUGCGUGGUCUCAUUAUGUUCCUUUGGAUGUUAGUCUGGGCGGGUUUUGGGACGUGGUCAAGUUUGUGAGCGGUCGUGACACUGAAAUAGCGGGAGAGGGAAACGGAGAGGAGGGGAUGGGGAGCUCUAGUAUGUCUCUGGCCGAGUCCAUUGCGGGAGAGGGAAGGAACUGGGCGCUUAGGGCGCUGAGGCCCGAGGAUAUGCAGGUGUACAUGUUCCGCCUGCUGCUCGAGUGGGGAAGGCUCCUUGACGACUCUAGGGAUCAGCUAGGCUUCAGUGCAUGAUUUGGGAAAGGGAAAAAUCGAGUGUAAAUAGAAUGUUGGAUAUCAAGAUACCCAUGAUAGAUAGUGAGGCAUACGUACUUGCAUACAUGCACGCAUAAACAUACAUAAUGAGAAUGGAAAACCACAUG